UGAAAAGCCACUUGCCUUCCUUUGUAUGUGGAGAAGAACUCUAGCUCCGUGUCAAGCGACACACCGAACAUGCGAAAGCGACCGGUACAGCUCCUCGUUCUAGGUUUCGCCGUUGUCUUGCAGCUUUUGGAUGCUGCGGCCGGAGAGUCUUGCCCGAAGAAGAUCUGGCGACAACUUGGGCUCACGGGGUAUUUGAGCUCGUGUAGGUACUGGUGCCGAGGUUUGCUGCCUAGGAUUGGUUACGAAAAAGAUGGGACGCCCUGCACGAGAUUCUUCCGAAGUGGGGCCUGCCGGAACGGUUACUGCAUCACGGAUGUCCCGCCCGACCCGAGUCUACAAACACAGGGUGACGGGGCUGGCGGACGAAACGGCGGUGGCGUUGUCCAGUCUACCGGUAGCGGAAGUGCUGUGGCCGUGCCGCCUUCCAAGGCGCAGGGAGCAGCCACCACCGGAAGCACUGCUGUGACCAAUGAUGCCGUGGCCGGUGGUGUCGUAACGACUGCGGCACAAAGCCCAGACCAGCGAGUCCCUGCACCCGUGCCUAACACCUAAGGCAAUGUUAGUGUCGGAGGCACCAGCGAAGAGCUCCGUUAGCCGCCGGGAAACAAUAAUAAAAGGGUUUAAGCUG